UUUUAUCACGGGAAGGGUGUUCUUAGGCAUGACACGAAGCGGAUUUUCAAUACGUUAACUUAGGAAAUAAACAGAAAUUGCCAAAUUAAAGUUUGUUCUUGUAGAAGAUGUGUAAACAUACUGGCACUAUGUACAAUGUCCAGAGGUAACUCCAGUCCUUUAUCAGUCCUUUUGCGUACAAUAAAGAGAUCCAGAAGCUAGCUGAGGAGGACUUCAUUCUCUUGAACCUGGCAAAAUACCGGCUUAUACCUGAGAGAGAAAGCAGAUGAUGCAUCUCGGCAUGUAGUCAUAAACAGAGUUCUGCCUGUAUCUCACUUUGCAACCAGAAGCGAAAAGCGAAGUUUGAGAAGAUGGUUAAAGUAUUGCUGUCAAUACUCCUGGUCCUUGUGGUCAUGAUUUCCAUCAUGGGGAAAACACAGAAGGCCGCUGUCAAGAAGGAGAGAAGAGUUCCUCAGACUCUCUCCAAAGGAUGGGGUGAUCAGCUGAUCUGGGCUCAGACAUACGAGGAGGCGCUCUUCUGGGCACGCUCAAAGAAUAAGCCUCUCAUGGUCAUUUUCCAUCUGGAUGACUGCCCACACAGCCAGGCUCUGAAGAAAGCUUUUGCUGAGGAUGAAAAAAUCCAGAAGCUAGCUGAUGAGAACUUUGUUCUCCUGAACCUGGUGCAUGAAACCACAGACAAGCAUCUGUCGCCUGAUGGGUUUUAUGUUCCCAGAAUCGUUUUCGUUGAUCCCUCAAUGGUUGUUCGGGCUGACAUCACUGGCCGCUACUCCAACCGCAAGUAUGCCUACGAGCCAAGUGAUAUAAAACUCUUGCUGAGCAACAUGGAGAGAGCCAUAAAGCUUGUGAAAACAGAGCUGUGAAAUCAACAUGCAGGACUCUCUCAAAGCGGAUCUUCUCCCAGUUGAGAAUUUACAUUUGUUAAUCCAUUUACUGGUGUAAAAUAUGCAGUGAUGUUGGCCAUGAUGUUUUUCAGCAUGUUUGCACUGCAGUGUAACUGUAACAUAUGUAUUUCAUCAGUGUUGCAUUCCUUUCUGGAUUAAAAAAACAA